AUGGCACCCCCUAGUAGCUACAAGCUAUAUGCUCUAUGCAACAACGCCCGCGCCCCCACACACAAGGAGAGAAAGACUCACUCCGACAAAUUGGGAGCUUCGAUUACGUUUAAUGCCGACGCCCAUGCCAUGCAGAAAGCACUGAUAGAGACCGAAAUCAAUUAUUAG